CUUAGGGUAUGUUCCAACGCGACGCGAACGUCCGAUCGCCAUAUUGGUUCCGGUGAAUGUAUUGGAAAUACAUAUGAAUAUGAAUGUAUUGAACAAAUUUGAGGUUAAAUUCUGGAUGUUUGAUAAAAAUUGAUAAACCACAUACUAUUAGAUAUAUAUUUCUACUUAUCAACAUUUUGUUUAUCAAUGAAAGUUAAACAUAAUGAACGAAAAAAGAAAACGAGAGCUAAACUGAAAGUGAAGAAUAAAGCAAAAUUGACAGUGCAGACAAAAAAACAUGGCUGCAAAAAUAAAAGUAUGUUUCAUAAAGAUAUGAUUAUAAAUUCAGUUAAUGCGCAGAAUAUUUCUUUAGCCGAUGAGCCAGCUUUUUCUUGUGCAGAGAAAACAGCCACACAAUUAAGUUUUAAGUGCAGAAAACAACAAUCAAAUAGUAAAGGAAGUACUAGUGAAUCAUUUCCAAAUCUUGAAUGUAAAAUGACCGAUUCUGUGGAAUGGGGUGUUUCUGAAAAUGGAGAAAAGGAUGAUGAUUGGAAGGCGGAUUACUCAGAAGAAGAGACACAAGAAGAUUGGCUUCAAUCCAUUUUGCCCAAAGAAAAGAGGAAUAUAAGUUCACCAUGUGUGGUUGAAAUGUUGUCAGAUGAUAUUAAUUCGCUAAGUCUACCAGGGAUAUUGCAGUCUGAACAAACAGCAAGAUCAGACAAAGAAACAUUUUAUGGCAUUGACUUUGGAGCAGACGCAUUACCUAAUAAGAAAGAUACAUCUGUAAUAAUUGCUAAAGCUAUUAAUCCUAGAUGCGAUACUCAUAUACAAACUAAUAAUGAACAACAGGCAUUGCCUGUAGUAUUGAGUACAGAGGACAAAAGUAACAAAAACAAAGAUACCAGUAGUCGUAAAUCAAAAGAUGUUUGUGACAAUGUUAAUGAUGCGAGCAGUUCUAAUAGAAGUACUCCACGUAAACAACGCAAAAAGAAAAAGCGUAAAAAUUCGACAAAUUGCAAUGAUGAUGCAACAGCACAGGGCAGUUUUCAACAUGAUGAUGUCAGCACACUUCAACAAGAGAUCGAUCUACCUGAAUAUAUCGAAUACAUGCGCGCAUUUCGACGAGAAAAUAGGACACCUCGAUAUCAAAUUAUUAGCGCAUCUCAAUCCAAAUAUACCGCACCUCCAAACGAGUUUGUCAACGUUUCUCACCAUAUGUGUAAUAAAAAAUCACCAGAAAUUUAUUGCAUAAGAAAUACAGUUAUUGUUAUAAUGGAGAAGGAAAGUGGAUUCUGUUUCAACGGCAAAUUGUUGGUGAAAGUAUUAUACGGUGCUGUGAAAAUUUAUGGAUUCGUGCUCAACAAUUCGGCCGAUGCUACAAAAGUGUACUCACCGAGAGGAUACAAUCACGUCGCUAUAGAAAAUACCGGGACAUCUUCGGAAGGUAGCAUCGAAGAUAUCUGGACCGCACUCGCCGCGAAAGGUAUCACCCGAGAUUCGGAGAGCAAACUGCAAAUCGACGUCGAUAAUGUUCAACCGGGAAUGGCCGUUCUCGCGUUGCAAAACUUCGAGAACAACCUGACGCUCUUCCUACAAACUUACUUUCCACAUUUCAGAUUAUUUCCGAGCAUAAAAAAUCCUCACUACUAUCCUUGGACAGAUCCCAGACGAGCCGAAGUAAUAUUACAAGCAAAUUUGUAUUUCUCGCAACACGACGAAUUUAAGUAUAAAAGAUUAUUCUUUGAUUCGUACCUCGCCGAGGACAUCGCGGAGAGAAUGUUGAGUCGCUGGUACGAAAACGAAUGGUCCUGCACGAUGGUCAUGGGCGGCAAAGGCGUCGGCAAGUCCACGAACGUGCGGUAUCUCAUCAACAGUCUGUUGCGCACAACCAAGGUGGUCCUGGUGGACGUGGAUCCCGGUCAAGCAGAGUGCACACCGGCCAGCUGCAUCUCGUACAGCUUGAUCGAAGAGCCUCUUAUGGGGCCGAAUUUCACGCAUUUAAAAACGCCCGUUUAUCAAUUGUUCCUCGAUGAGGUAAACAUUGCUUCGUGCGUCAUACGCUACCUGGAAGGCAUCAAGAUGCUGAUAGAACGACUGAAGGGAUGCCCCGUACUGUCUUGCUUGCCUAUCGUGGUGAACACUAUGGGCUUCGUGCGGAAUCUCGGCUGGGACAUCGCGAUCUUCACGAUAAAGCUGAUUAGACCGUCGUUCAUCCUACAAAUUAAAUCGUCAACAAAACAAUAUAAUUACAAAGAAUAUCUCAGUGCAGAAGUUGUAAAUAAACAGGAAUGCUCUACAUGGACGUUUUGCGACGAGACAUUCCUCGACUGGAAUAGACCGUGCGAGCACGAUGUGCACGUAAUUCCUUCCCAGGUGGAUAUUCCUCGACGGCAGAAUAGAGACAGGCGCAAUGAAGGAAUGUGGAACAUGGAGCCGUAUCAGCAACGUGAACUUGCGAUGAUGUCCUAUCUCAGCGAUAUCAUACGCGAAAACGAUGAUUCUUUCCACGUGAAAUUGCCGGUCAAUAUUAACGACAUAGUGCCAUAUACGGCAUCUUUUUCAUCUCUGUGUAUUAUUCCCAAACGAUUGUUCGGUGUACCGCCCUCGCAUGCUUUGAACGUUAUAAACGGCAAUAUCGUAGCACUGUGCGGUGUGGAUUUAACGGAGGAGUCUUCUCAGGAAUCUAAUGCCAUCUUUACUCUUCGAAUCCUGACGCAGAGGUCAUCUCUAUGUACAUGCUACGGCUUUGGAAUAAUCCGAGGUAUCGAUAUGAAACAGCAGGAAGUGUUCAUAAACACUCCACUGCCAAUAUCGAUUAUGCAACAUGUUAACUGCUUAGCGGGCUGUAUUCCUGUUCCGCCCGCACUGCUGCAGUUACACCAUCGCGCACCUUACGUCGGCGCCAACGCAGGUUUACCAACAAGUCGCGAGUCCCAGAGAGGGGGAUGCAUAGCGAAGAUGCAUAAAAAAAAGUCGGAUAAAAGUCCUAAUAAAACAGUUCCCAAGUCCUAAUAAAACUAAAGGUGUCGAACUAAUACAAACUGUGUCUUUGCAUAAUGCAUUAUAAAUGCUCACUAAUUUUUUAUGGAAUAAGAGCAUUUGUACUAUACUUGUAAACAUCAUGUUUUAUAAUGUGGGGUAAUCGAUUAUGUUUGAUUUGUAUUAAGGUAUGAUUGUAUUACAAUAUAAAUAGUGAAUAUUUUGUAAAAUAUUUCAUAUUUUAUAUCAGAAUAUAUUGAAAUAAAAUAUAAAAUAUUUUGUAUUCACUUUUUAAUAAUCUUACCUUAAUACUUUUGUAACGACAAAAAUUGGUUUGCAUAAAAUUUACAUAUAUGGUCACAUAUUUACAAACAUAAAACUGACUUUCGUAUACUUUAGAACUUUAUUUUUGUAAGUUUAUGUACGGCUUUGAAAACAACAAAGAUGCAUAUACAAUCUCUUGUGAUGUAUCUUGUAAUCUGUAUACUUAAAAAAUAAAUGUAUAUAACAAAUGUAUAAAAAUAA